AGCCAUUCAGCGUCGCCGCGGUCCCGGUUCUAAAGUGCCCAGUCACCCUUUGCAACUCAGAUUCUACCCAAAUGCUGAGGAUGGGAUCAUGGCGCCCCGAGCCCUCCUCCUGCUGCUCUCGGCGGCAGUGGCCCUGGCCGAGACCUGGGCGGGCUCCCACUCCUUGAGGUAUUUCCAGACCGCCGUGUCCCGGCCCGGCCGCGGGGAGCCCCACUUUUUCGCCGUGGGCUACGUGGAUGACACGCAGUUCGAGCGGUUCGACAGCGACGCCGCAAUUCCGAGAGGGGAGCCGCGGACACCUUGGAUGGAGCAGGAGGGGCCGGAGUAUUGGGACCUGCAGACACGGAGCCUCAAGGCCCGCGCACAGACAAACCAAGUGUGCCUGCGGACCCUGCGCGGCUACUACAACCAGAGCGAGGCGGGGUCUCACACCUACCAGAGGAUGUAUGGCUGCGACUUGGGGCCUGAUGGGCGCCUCCUCCGCGGGUAUGACAAGCGCGCCUACGACGGCAAGGAUUACCUCGCCCUGAACGAAGACCUGCGCUCCUGGACUGCGGCGGACAGGGCGGCUCAGGUCACCCAGCGCAAGUUCGAGGCGGCCCAUGAGGCGGAGAAGAUGAAAGCCUACCUGGAGGGCACGUGCGUGGAGUUGCUCCGCAGAUACCUGGAGAACGGGAAGGAGAGGCUGCAGCGUGCAGACCCCCCAAAGACACACGUGACCCACCACCCCAUCUCUGACCAAGAGGCCACCCUGAGGUGCUGGGCCCUGGGCUUCUACCCUGUGGAGAUCACACUGACCUGGCAGAGGGAUGGGGAGGACCAAACUCAGGACACGGAGUUUGUGGAGACCAGGCCUUCAGGGGAUGGAACCUUCCAGAAAUGGGUGGCUGUUGUGGUGCCUUCCGGAGAAGAGCAGAGAUACACGUGCCAUGUGCAGCACGAGGGGCUCCUGGAGCCCCUCACCCUGAGAUGGGAGCCAUCUUCCCAGCCCACCAUCCACAUUGUGGGCAUUAUUGCUGGCCUGGCUGUCCUAGGAUCUGUGGUCACUGGAGCUGUGGUUGCUGCUGUGAUAUGGAGGAGGUUGAGUUCAGGUGGAAAAAGAGGAAGCUGCCUGGAAGUGGGGGGUGGGAGUGUGGAGGAGCUCACCCACCCCAAAAUUCUUCCUGUCCCACCUCUCCUUUGGACUCUGACCAGGUCCUGUUUUUGUUCUACCCCAGGCAGUGACAGUCCCCAGGGCUCUGAGGUGUCUCUCACAACUUGUAAAGCCUGAGACAGCUGCCUUGUGUGGGACUGAGAUGCAGGAUUUCUUCACGCCUCCCCUUUGUGACUUGAAGAGCCUUUGGCAUCUCUUCUGCAAAGGCAUCUGAAUACGUCUGCGUCCCUGUUAACAUAAUGUGAGGAGGUGGAGAGAGAGCCCACCUCAUGUCCACCGUGACCUCUGUCACCACACUCAUCUAUGUUCCCUCCCCAAUCAUCUUUCGUUUUCCAGAGAGAUGGGGCUUGGUGUCUUCCUCUCUGUCUCAACUUCACGGUGCACUGAGCUGCAACUGCUUACUUCCCUACUGAAAAUAAGAAUCUGAAUAUAAUGUGUUUUCUCAAAUAUUUUGAGGUUCAUGGGUUAAUUAAAUAAGUGAAUUCCUAAAAUUUGAGAAAGGAAAUAAAGACCUGAGAACCUUCCAGAA